AUGACGAAUUGUUUCUUUCUAAUCUUAAUUAUAUUUUAUUAUUUUGAACAAUUAAAAGCACAACAUUAUCCAUAUAAACAUUAUUCACGACAUCCAGUCAGUGAAAGUAUUUAUGAUAAUACAACAAUUACUGAAUAUGAUGAUAAUAGUGACAUGUGUCAUUUGUCUGUAAGAUGUCCUUCAGUAUCUAAUCUCUCACCUUAUGAUCGAGAUGGUCGUAAUCGUCGUUUUAGUGUUGAUACUUUCUUAGCAAUGCAUGGACCACCAGGACCACCUGGUAUUCCAGGUCCACAAGGCAAUUCUGGACCACGAGGUGCUGUUGGAUCUCAAGGUGAUGUUGGUCGAUCAAAAGAACCAAUACCUAUUGUAGCUUUUGUAGCUUAUCUUCAAAGAAUGCUUUCAAUUGAAUCGAAUCGUUCAGAACCUAUUAUUUUUGAAAAUGCUGAUGUUAAUGAAGGCAAUAGUUAUAAUCCAAAAACAGGUAUAUUUACAGCUGCUUAUCGAGGUAUAUAUAAAUUUAGUAUAACAAUUAUGGCACAAAUGGAUUCAAUUGCUACUGUACGUAUAGUACAUAAUGAAAAUAAAGUACUCGGUAUGAUUCGAUGUGAUUGUCGACGUCGUUUUUCACAUGUUCGUGCAUCUGUUUAUGCUGAAUUAGAUAUUAAUGAUCAUAUUAUGGUUGAAGCACUUGGUGAUCUUAAUGAUCCAGGUCAAACAGCUCCACGUAAUAAUAUAUAUGGUUAUACAUAUACACAUUUUAGUGGUCUACUUUUAUUUUUAACAGAUAUUCUAUCAAUAACUUAA